AUGUUACGCGAACUUAUUUACAGCUCUAUCGGUCUGGUGCUUUUGGCCUACGCCCUAGACUAUACGAUCGGUUUCGCAAACGAUGCGCGGGAACCAGAGCGUGUGGAACCAAGGGUUCCUCUCAUCGGCCAUCUCCUUGUGAUGGUGAGCAAUUCGCUGCGUCUGAUCCCCUUGAUCCAAAAGGCUUCAAAGACGCUCUCGUUCCCGCCGUUCCAUAAAACACCUGUACAAAAGAUAUCUGGCGGUUCGGCGGCAGGCGCUGACUUACGCGACGGGCCUCUUAUGGAUGAAUAUGGUCAUAGUUUAAGGGCGACACUGGCACCCGGCCCCUGGCUAGAUGAGCAGAAUCUACGCAUGGGACAGGGUAAUGCUACGCAGGUAGACGCUCUAAUCACCGAUGGGAAAGAAGAUAAGAUUUGGCUACUGGAAUGGGUCAGGCAUAUAGUUGUACAGGCCAAUAGCUGUGGUGUUUUUGGCAAAGAACAUCCCUUUCUGGAUCUAGAGGUCGAAAAGGCGUUUUGGAAACUCGAAACCCACAUACCCGUGCACAUGGCAAGCCUAGAUUUCUUGGCAAAAGCCAUCGAACCACGCAGGGUGAUCCAUAAAGCUCUCCUGAAGUACUGUGCGGCACCGCCCGCCGACGCCGCACGCACUCUACUCGAGCGGCAGCGCGUGCUAAGGGAAGCAGGAAUGAGUCUUGAGGACGCCGCUAGGCAGGAAACGACUAUGUGCAUGGCUAUGUUUGGAAGUACGGCGCCGACGCUGUACUGGACGAUCUGGGAGCUUUUCUCGCGGCCCGAGGUCCUGGCGGAGGUCAGGGAGGAAAUAGGAACUCGGGCUGUUGUUUCUCAGAAGCCAGGGGAGGAGGAGAAGGAGGCACAUGAUGCUGAUGCUGAUUUCCUGCUCGACAUUGCUGCUCUCAAGACCCGAUGCCCCCUCCUCCUGUCUGUCUUCUAGGAGAGUCAGCGCACGCACCAUGCACACGCCAACAUCCGGUUUGUCUUAGAAGAUACACUCCUCGACGACGGGCGGUAUCUCCUACGUAAGGGGAACUGCUUAAUGAUGCCCGGGCCUCCCAUCCACCGCGACGUAAGCGUAUGGGGACAGUCCGCCGGUACAUUCAACCCCUACCGCUUUGUACCUAAGACGAGCAGCGUCGUCUCAGCCGAUGCCGUACCCCCUACCAGCGGCUUUCUCUCCUGGGGAGCACCGCCAUACC